AUGAAUUCAAACAGCUAGCAUUCAAUCAAUUAGCAGACUAUCACAAGUUCAAAUCUUUAAGAUUCGCAACAGAAUUACUAAUCAAAGACCUCAUAAAUAUAUAACUACUUGGAUUCUUUGACAUCAGCAGAGAAAGAUGAUUUGAUAUGGAGAUUACAACAUACGUAAAAAGAUGACACUAUGGAUUCACAUGAACUUAGCAUUAGUAGUAGAGAUAUUGUCAAAACUAAACUUUUCUCGCUCUAGCCUGUUCCAAUUACCUAAAAUGUCUCGCAAUAUCAUGCUCAAAAUAGACUCAAUAUGUCUUAGAUGAAUCAAGGUCCUGCUGAUUUUGAUUUUAGAGAUUUAAUGUUCAGAAAUGAUUAAGAAAGAUCUUUUAAUCUAAGAGAUAGUUUGACAAUGCAGCAAAACCCUCAUCGUAAUUCUCCUCCAUAAAUAGUUUAAUCACGACAAAGAAAGAAUAAAAGCGUAUCAUUAGUAGAAGAAAGACAAAUAGGUGCAAAUGCGAAAAUAUAAUAGAUAAUUGAAACAAAGCAGAGACAGAGACAGAAAAGCAAAAAUCACUAAGAUCUCACAGAACUGUUGAGCUUCAACACAACAACAUAUAAUAAUAUUCCUGAACAAUAACAAUUAGAAGAAGUUGCAGAGAGAGUGUUGAGUACUGAUUACAAUGGAGGCACUUUAUAAACUCUAUAAAGCAAUAAUGAAGCGCUCUAAUAGAAUUAACUGCAUAUAUCACACAUAAGGACUUUAGAGAACUCGAAUGAAUCACCUGUUUACAAUGAUAUUGGAUAACUAAGGCAAAUUGAGUAGCAUUACCAGAAUCUUAGCAACUAAGAAUUUAAGAGAAGAUUAAGUGAAAGUAGAAGCAAAAGUAAAGCCAAAAGAUUAUCAGAAAUUAUGAAUCCAAAAUAAAGAGAGAAAUUUGAUGGAGUGAACAGAGAUGGUAGUCAAGCUGCCAUCAGAAGAAAUACCAGCUAACAAAAGAAUUUCUCAUUCUCAGAUAUUAAUGAAAAUACACCAUAAAAAGUUAAGGGAUUAUAAGAGUAAUCUCCAAACGAAGAAGGCAUCACAAUAGAUCAUGUAACACUUUCAGAGAGCAAUGAAGAGGAAUCUAAGCAUCAUGAUUAAAGCCAAAACUUCAAUAAGUAAAAGUUAAAUGAAAGCACUAUCAAUGAUUUUCUUAAGAUAAAUGAGAGUUUUGAUAUCAAUCUAGAAUCACAGGAUCAAAAUAAUUUUCAUAUAAAAAGUUUACAGAGCAAUGGUUUUAAGCUUCACAAGAGAGAUGCUGACUCUUAGUCAUUUCUAAGAAGACUCAAUAACUAAAGCACUUUAAUCGAUCAAUCUUCUCUCCAGACAUCAGGACUGAAAUCGAAUCCUUCAAAUAAUAAAAUUCACACAAGAAUCAGUUAAUUUAAAGAUGAGCUACAGAAGAUUUUCCCGACUAACGGUGAGAGCACAUUUUUGCUCAGUAGAACCUCCUCGUCAAACUUAAGAUCAUCUAAUGCUCACCAAACUAGCCAAAACAGGCCUAAAUCCUCGAAUUCAAGGAUCGGCUCAAUAUAUUCCUUGUCUGGAUUACAACAAUCACAUAUAAAGCCUACUCAAUUUGAAAAUUCUUUUGAAAUCCCAACUAGAUAACCUGAAAUUCUGAAUCAAUCUUAAAUCCUCAAUCCAAGUAUUCAGAGUUACAUAGUUCCAAGUAAUUUAGGUACAAGUAUGCUUCAAUAAUCCAACAUUAAAAGCACUAAUUUCAAUCAUAGUUUGAUGAUUAAUCAAUAACCAGAUGCUUUGUUUGAGUUUGAAAGGAAAAAUAUGAUGAAUCAAUUAAUAGAAUAGGAAAAAGCAAGAUUAAAGCAGGAAAAAGACUUCACUCUUCAUUAGUAGAUACAAGAACUGCAUCAAAAAUACAAAGAAGAGUAUACUAAGAAUCUUGAAUCAAAGUUAAAUGAAAUGAAAUAAAAGUACAAAUCAAAGUUAAAAGAAAAGGUUAAUGAACUCGUUGAAAUUGAAAAACAAAAAUUCAACUCCAUUGUUAAUGCCUAUGAAAAGAAAAUCAAAGAAAAGUGGGAAAUAAAGCAAGAGGAAAUUAGAUUGCAAGAAUAUCAGAAGUAUGAUGAAUAUGUAUAAGCUGAGAGAAAUGAACUUAAAAGAUAAUUAAAGGAAUUAGAGCAGAGAUAUCUAGCAUAGAUUCAAUCAAUGAAUCAUGAACAUUUGAAAAGUUCUAAAGAGAGAGAAGAAACUCUUGUCUAGCAAUAAAAACACUAAAUAAUGAGCCUCAACAAGGAGAUUGAAGAACUUAAAAAGCAGAGAGAUAUCUAGAGCUAAUAGCUAUCAGAAACAGUGCAAAAGAGCUAGCAGCAAGUAUAGGAGAGAGUACAAAGGUUUAUUAAUGAUGAAUAAAUGAGAAUGACAGAUUUGGAGAAGGAAAAGCAAAGAUAUAAAAUAUAGUGCGAAAUUAUGAAAAACUAGACUGAUUCUUUAGCUCGAGACAAUUAGAAUCUUAAGGAACUUAAUUAGAGCUUAAGCAACGCUCAAAGUAGACCUCAGUAAGAUGGGGUUUGCAAUCAAUGUGGUGUUUUGCUACUUGCCAAUGAAAAAUUAAUUGGAAGACUAAAGAAGUAUGAGACUAUGCUUCGAUUUAAACAUAGCAAAGCCAGACAAAGCCUGCUCGAAAGUUAGUAGGCUACAUUGACACCAAACAAAGAGAAUGUAAAUUAUAAGCAGAAAUUCUUGAAUUAAAAAUGA